CUCCUUAACCAGCUGAUAUAAGGAAAAACAAAAAAAGCUCUUCUGCUUCAUUCAGAUUUUCAUCUGAAGAACAAUGGUUGCAGGUUCCAUCAAAAGCGAGCAUUUGUUGUCCGUUUCGAUCGAUAGAGUAUGGAAAGCAGUCGCUUUUGAUGGCUAUAAUUUGGUUCCAAAGGUAGUGCCUGAUUUUAUUUCAAGUAUUGAGCUUUCUGAAGGAGAUGGCGGACUUGGUACUGUGCUGAAGAUUAAUUUCACCGAUGCUGUGGAAAAGUUUAGAAUUGCCAAAGAGAGGAUUGAGGAAAUAGAUCCUGAAAAGCAUGCAAUAAAGUACACUAUCUUUGAAGGAUGGCACAUUGGCUUAACGUUGAAGUCUUAUUCAAUUGAGGUAAAGUUUGAAGAGGUAAACAGCUCUGAAACUUUGGUGAAGCUCAACUUGGAGCAUGACACCAUAGAGAACACUCCUCUGGUUGUCGAGGAAGAAGAGGAGAUCAUGAAAGACUAUGUUUUGAUGUUAAAGGCAAUUGAAGGAUAUCUAAUUGAAAAUCCAACUUCUUAUGUUUAAAUACUAUAUUUUCAUGGGGGAGUGAAUCUUAUUUUGUGCUUGUUUAUGUUUGUUGUUGUGCUAAUAAGAACAAGUAACUUGUUCCUUCUGAAUGAUGGAGCGAGUUUAUUGUGUCAUUUCAAGAGAG